CCUGUUGGUCUUGGAUGGCCAAGAGGGAAGCCACGGGUGCCUGGGGCGGGCAUGAAAGGGCUCUUUCACCGGCCGCUGUGCUGAGACGCUGGAGACCGCCAGGCAGGCAGCAACCCCCGGUCGUGAAAUGGCCCUGGCCCGGAUGGUGGCCCCUGCCUUCCUGCUGCUCCUGGCGCUGCCCGCUGGGGCCUGGCGCGGCCUGGGGCUGCCUCGCCGGCCGUGCGUGCAGUGCUGCCGUCCAACCUGGCCCCCCGCCGCCCCCGGCCCGGGUGCCCACGUGAGUGACGGGGACGCGUGGGUGGGGCUGCCCCGCCUGCGGCCCACCAUCGACAUCUCGAUCCUGAAAGGUGAGAAGGGCGAGGCAGGGGUCAGAGGUCGCUCUGGCAGGAGCGGGAAAGAGGGCCCGCCAGGCUCCCGGGGCCUCCGGGGGCGCAAGGGCCAGAAGGGGCAGGCGGGGCUGCCGGGCGCGCAGUGCCCGCGCGCCUACGCGGCCUUCUCGGUGGGCCGGCGCGAGGGGCUGCACAGCGCCGACGCCCUCCAGGCGGUGACCUUCGACACGGAGCUGGUCAACCUGGACGGCGCCUUCGACCUGGCCUCCGGCCGCUUCCUCUGCACCGCACCCGGCGUCUACUUCCUGAGCCUCAACGUGCACACCUGGAACUACAAGGAGACCUACCUGCACAUCAUGCACAACACGCGCGCGGCCGCCGUGCUGUACGCGCAGCCCAGCGAGCGCAGCGUGAUGCAGGCGCAGAGCCUGCUGCUGCCUCUGGCCGCGGGCGACGCCGUCUGGGUGCGCAUGUUCCAGCGCGACCGCGACAACGCCAUCUUCGGCGAGAGCGGCGACCUCUACAUCACCUUCAGCGGCCACCUGGUCAAGCCGGACGCCGAGCUCUGACGGCUCGGCGCCACGCCAGCUCCCAGGGCCCACCCUCCAGAGCCCCCCGCCCAGGAUUGGGGCCAGCUGUGAUUGAGAGCCGCCCGCGUGCACACGCUGAGCUGAGCGCAGCCCCGGCAGGAGCAAGACAGACCCACCAGCCCUGCUAGAUGCGGACCCCAACCGAGGGGUCCCAGCAAGAGAUUCCGGAGCAGACCCGCGUUCCCUGCGCGCGGUGGGCGGGGUUGGGGCGGGGCACCUCCACCCGCUAAGGAGCUUGGCCCCCUGGUUGGGUUCCCUUUCCCCUUAUAAAGGCUAUGCCAGGC